GGCGGCCAUGGAGUUCCCCAGAAGGAAAGGUCCAGCCGGACCAGUACUCGCGGUGAGGCGGACCGGCCAGCCAGACCCAAGGUUCAACUACGAGCUUUUUAACUGCAACAACUUUAAUAUACGCUAUUGGAGCUGGAAUUACCGCGGCUGCUGGCACCAGACUUGCCCUCCAAUUGUUCCUCGUUAAGGCCGUUUCAUGGCCAUGCGAUUCGUUUAGUUAUUAUGAAUCACCAAGGAGCCCCGAGGGGCAUUGGUUUUUUAUCUAAUAAAUACACCCCUUCCG